AUUUCUGUAUGGUUGUGAAAUAAGUAAAGGUGGGACUGAAGAUUAUGACUGUAUAGUGUUAAGGGCUAGAGAAAGAAAAGAUUCUUAGUUGAACCUUUUGGUAUUUCGGAGUUCAUCCUGGCAUUUAACUGAGCAAACAAAUGUGUUUUUAAUGAAGAGUUCAAAAAUACAUUAGUUUUGUGGUUCAGCUGGGAGGCAAAAGCUGUGGUUUUGUUCACACUUAAAAGUUGUAGGCUGCAUUGCAUUUUAAUGAUGCUGUUCGAGCUGCCGCUACCAGGGCAGCUCGCUUUGCUAGUGUUUCUAUGGAAAGUUGACGUUAAAGGGGUUCAAUCAGAAUGCUUAAGAAUUACCCCAUAAAGAGAUGUCUCAUAAGAAGAAACUUGUUCAAAGUCACAUUUGAAAAAUUGAUUGAGGCAUUUAUUAAUUUUUUUACUUCGUCUCUUCCCUUGCCCUCCCUCUCCCAGUGUGUUUUGUGGGUGAGGCUCUCAGCAUUUCUUAGCCGGAGGGUAGAGGCAGUGUUAAUACUGGGGUUUAAUACCCGGGUUUGGUGGCAGAGCAGCAGUGGGCUUUUAAAGCGGGUCCCUCUGGUCACCCCACUCGCUGUAUGUCAGCCGUGGACACGGUGCUUCUCUUGCACGUGAGCCGGGUCCCUCUGUGGGUUGUUUCAAGCCACGUGUGUGGCAGUGUCAGCGGCAGAGUUUAUCUGCUUAUCUCGAGUUAAAAACCCAGCCCACGUAGAGUGAUUCGUGUUUCGGCAACUUUGGCUCUGGUGCUGCUUUGAUCUACAGAUCUUCUCGCCUUGCUCAAAAUUAAUUGCUUAAUGUGGUUAAUUAAUUGCAGACUGUCAAGGGGAUGAGAAAAGGAAACUGGAAUGAUGUUGAAAACAAAACAAACAAACAAAAACCAUGAAAACAAACAAAAUGCACGUGCACACACACAGAAACAUAAAACCAAACCCCAGUCAAAACUAACAAAUCUGCAAAAAAACCUCAACAACAAAAACAAACACAAAACCAUAGAUCAAAGCCAAAACUUCAAAAUUUUGUAAGGUCAACAUACAGAAGCCAUAAUAUAUUGUGUCCUGUGCUGUUCUCCGCACCCCUGAUUGUAAGGGAACGUUUUUCCUUUGCUACACAGUUGAGCAACAAUAAUUCUUAAGUAACAGGAUCUGUGCCACUCCUCAGUGGCUGGGUGGUGGGAUCCUUUUCUUGUGCUGCAGAUGGGUGGAGAAGCAGAAACGUUACAGCGUGGUGCUGACACUUCGGCCAGAAACGGCCUUAUUUCAGUGAAGAAACACAUUGCCAUUCCCCCCCUUCCCCUUUUUAAAUUAUUUUUCUUCUGGCAGGGUGUGCUGUUAUUGCUUCCUUGGUUUUUACUUGAAUUUCUGCUCUCUAAUACUUUGUUCCCCAGCUCGUAGCGGUCCUGUUUUUGUUAGCUUUUUACUCUGAGGCGUGGGGUGGACUGCGUGCCAGGACAGACCCUGGUCUAAGUGCUGACAUCUCCGAGGAGCGCUGCAACUCAUCUGUUGGGUGCCACAGCUUUAAUGCUUUUGCUGUGUCCAUUACAAUAGGACACAAAAUAUACAUAUGCGCAUGAUUGUUGCAGGAGGGGAAUGUGGGCACUUGGUGGAGGGAGAAAUUCCUUCUGUUCCCGGACUUAAUAAUUGCUCAAGGCUUGGGACUAGAUUAAAAAAAGGCGAGUAAGCAGAAUCCCUGCCAGAGAAGCUGAGCUAUCCAGGAUUGUCAAGGAGAGGUUAAAAGGAAUGUCUUGAGGGAUCAAGGCAGGAGCCACACAGCGCUUUCAUAGAAUCACUUCAGUUGGAAGAGACCCUCAGGAUCAUUGAGUCCAACCUUAACCUAACUCUGGCACUAAACCAUGUCCCUAAGAACCUUGUCUAAACACAUUUUAAACACCUCCAGGGAUGGUGACUCCACCACAUCCCUGGACAGCCUGUUCUGAUGCCUGACAGACCUUUCUAUGAAGAAAAUUUUCCUAAUAUCCAAUCUAAACCUCCCCUGGCACAACUUGAGGCCAUUUCCUCUCAUCUGAUCACUUGCUACUUGGGAGAAGAGACCAACCCCCUCCAUGCUACAACCUCCUUUCAGGUAGUUGCAGAGAGUGAUGAGGUCUCUCCUCAGCCUCUUUUUCUCCAGGCUAAACAGCCCUAGUUCCCUCUAUACUUAUUAUUUAUUUGCCACCCUCUGAAUUCAUAGGCAUGCUGGCUUCAUAGAAGACCCUCCAGAAGGAAGGAAAAAUCAGUGUAUUUGGAGAAAUCAGCCUCUUGUGUCAUCUGAAUAAGUGUGCAGCUACCUGAACAUUUUUUGUUGUAUUCCUAGAACAGGGUAGAGAAUGAACUGAACUAAAGCUUGGUUUUGUCGCUAUUGAUAAAGUUGUUUCCCAUUUGUGGUAAGAGAUGGCAAAGUUGUCUUUGACAUUAUUCUUUUUUACUUUUAAUCGUAGUACUUUGUGUAUUUAUAUUGUAGUAUGUGUACAUACAACUGACGCAUUUUGUUUUUCCGCUUGUUAACUGAGAAUCAUGGGAUUUAAGGCUUUAUUUUGUGGCUGUAUUGUUUGCUUGGGAAAAUUGCCAUAAAAAUAUCAUAUACCCUUCACUUACUUGCCAUAAACUAAAUUGUAGCUCAAACAUGAAAUGCUCAAUGCCACUCCUGCUACCUAAAUAGCACUCCUUUCAUUUUUUUAGGAGCUUGUGAUGUCAUCAGCUGAAGCGAAAACAUCUACCUCAUGACCUGGCAUGAUGCGUCAGGAUGAAACGCCACAGGCAUCUAAGCACCAGUGACAGUUCAGACAAUGAGAGUCCUUCUACUUCCUUUUCUUCUUGUUCUAAAUACAGGAGCAAGUCAAAAGUACCAGCAAAUGAACAAAAGAAACCUGCUGAGGUGUUCCGCAAGGAUCUCAUUAGUGCCAUGAAACUACCAGACUCUCACCAUGUCAACCCUGAUGAAUAUUAUAUCUUCGCCGACACAUGGAAACAAGAAUGGGAGAAAGGGGUUCAAGUUCCAGCCAGUCCAGAAACUAUUCCGCAGCCUUCUCUCAGGGUUGUAGCAGAAAAGGUGAAAGAAGUACUGUAUACACGACCCAGGAAAUACAUCCACUGUUCCAGCCAGGAGCCCACAGAACCAGGUUACAUCAACAUCUUGGAACUGGCAGAAUCUAUGUGUCGCUAUGACUUGGAUGACAUGGACAUCUUUUGGCUUCAGGAGCUAAAUGAAGAGCUUACAGAAAUGGGAUGUGGGCCCUUGGAUGAAAACACAAUGGAAAAAACAAUUGAAGUGCUGGAACGGCACUGUCAUGAGAACAUGAAUCAUGCUAUUGAGACUGAAGAAGGGCUGGGGAUUGAAUAUGACGAAGAUGUCAUCUGUGAUGUGUGCCGGUCCCCUGACAGUGAAGAUGGGAAUGACAUGGUAUUCUGUGACAAGUGUAAUAUCUGUGUCCAUCAGGCGUGCUAUGGAAUCUUAAAAGUACCUGAGGGGAGCUGGUUGUGUCGCACCUGUGUCCUGGGGAUACAUCCUCAGUGCCUUCUGUGUCCCAAAAGAGGAGGUGCCAUGAAGGCUACCAGGACAGGGACCAAGUGGGCACAUGUGAGCUGUGCCCUCUGGAUUCCAGAGGUUAGCAUUGCUUGCCCGGAAAGGAUGGAGCCAAUCACAAAGGUGUCUCACAUUCCCCCAAGUCGAUGGGCCCUAGUGUGUAGUUUAUGCAAACUGAAAACUGGUGCUUGCAUUCAGUGCUCUGUGAAAAGCUGUAUCACUGCCUUUCAUGUCACCUGUGCCUUUGAGCAUAGCUUAGAGAUGAAGACUAUCCUGGAUGAUGGAGAUGAGGUCAAGUUCAAGUCAUAUUGUCUAAAGCACAGCAAGAAUAAACAGAAUUCACUGCCUGAUGUUGAUGAGCACCCCAAAAGCGUGUCAGACCAGAAGCAAACGGAGAGUGAGAAAACCAGUUUGCGAGCCCAGAAACUCCGAGAGCUGGAAGAAGAGUUUUACUCACUAGUUAAAGUGGAGGAUGUUGCAGCAGAACUGGGCCUUCCUAAACUUGCCGUAGACUUCAUCUACAAUUACUGGAAAUUAAAACGAAAAAGUAACUUUAACAAACCAUUGUUUCCUCCCAAGGAGGAUGAAGAAAAUGGCUUGGUGCAGCCAAAAGAAGAUAGUAUUCAUACUCGCAUGAGGAUGUUCAUGCAUUUGAGGCAGGACCUAGAAAGGGUAAGAAAUCUCUGCUACAUGGUAAGCAGGAGAGAGAAACUGAAGUUGUCUCACAGUAAAGUACAUGAACAGGUCUUCAAUUUGCAAGUCCAGCUCAUUAAUCAGGAAAUUGCUGCAGGCCAUACCCUGACAAGUGCACUAGAGAACACGCUGUUCUACCCACCUCCCAGGAUCACCCUGAAGUUAAAAAUGCCCAAAUCAGCACUAGGAGAUUGCAAAAAUAACUCGCUGAAGCCUGGCAACAGACCGCUCUCUCCUGACAACAACAGCAGUGUUUACAGCAAACGGAGCGUGCCCAUGUCAAAGGAAGCGUUUGAAAUUAAAGCGAAGUCUUACUCCAGGUACCAGCACGACAGCAGAAGUAACGGGUUGCUGGCAGGGAUCGGCAAGCCUCGGAGCGAGGCCAAGGAUCCUGGCCCCACGCAGAUGCCGGAGUUUCACCGGGGCCAGCCGUCCGGGAAGCCCUUGGCGCUCCAGGCUGCUUUGCAUGGACAGUCUUCCAUUGGGAACGGGCGGGUGCAGCAGGAGAACUUGAGGCUGGUGGCCAAGUCCAAUGGUCUGAUGGGCAGGGCUGGAGAUGUGAGCCAGAGAGACAGUUCCAGCCAGACGCCCUACGAACAAGAGUCCGUGCUCACAGCUCACUUGGCCAGCCAAAGCGGUUUCAGAAAAUCUACCAUAGAACAUUUUAGCCGGUCCUUUAAGGAGGCUACCAACAGUCUGGUGAGGACCACAGAAGAUCUCCGGUGCUGUGAAAAGCCAACGAGAAGACUCGCAACAAAAGAUCGCUUGUGGAGCAAGCAGACGCUUGAAGGUGCUCCGUACCAGGACAACGACGGGUACUGUCCUGACUUAGAGCUGAGUGACUCUGAAGCAGAAAGCGAUGAAAACAAAGAGCAAGUGAGGUUAAGACGAAGUAGCUCGGAGAGAGAAAGCCCAAAUAAGGACUUUGGAAGAGAUUGUCACAAUAGGAACAAAAAGAAUAUGAUUUCUCACGGUUCUGUACAAAGGUGAUUAGAAGCCCCCACGGGGUAACUCAGCCUUUAUGUAUUCCAGUGUACCAGUGCAAAGCUCAGCGUCAAAAGGUUCCAGAAAAUAGUCCAGGACCUACAUUAGGAAGAGUUGCAGUAAGGGAUGGGGGGAGGGGAGAGAAAUCAGAGUAGUUUUGUUCAACUGUGAAUUGGCUUGCAGUCUUCACGAGGUUAACUGAGUUAUUGCAAAGUCUUGUGGAAAUUGAUAUGUUUGAUUAGAGGGUAAUAUCUGGGAGAGCACGAAGUGGUUAAUCUUGGUGUAAAUUCAGGAAACUGCUUCCCCCUUGCCACCUUACGUGGGAAGCAGCGUGUUUACGUUAUGUCAGUCUUGUGGUGGUAGACAGGCAUUCUAGAAGUCCUCGCAUCGCUCUGAUGCGUUGAAAAGAGACUGCAAACGGAGACACUGAAACUGCAGUCCUGCAGCACCUGCAGUAUGGCUGUGAUCCAGCAAGGCACUCGCGGAUGUGUUAGGAAGCGAAGCGCGUGAAAAAAGUCCUGCUGGUUUUCCCCUCACACACACCACGGGAACGUUUGUGCUCAGAUCUCCGAGCACAUGCCGGUGUGCUCUGCUGGAUCAGGCCCAAAGUGACUACUAAGUGACGACCCCCUCCUGCAGGAGGCUUUGAACUGCGCCCGCGUUUGCGGGCUCCUUGCGGAGGGUGGAAGCAGCCGUCACUGGCGCUGCCAAACCCGCUGACCUCUAGACAUGUCCCCUCUCCCCCCACCCCCCGGCCCGUUCCCUGCUCUUGCUGAAGGUUGUGUUUCUCUUCACAAUAACUUGCUUAUUUUGUAAAUAUACAACUUCUAGUACUUCAGUUUUUUUUAAUCUCUGUACAUAGUUGCUUGUUGUGGGAUGCACUUGUAAAUAUUUUACCCAGCUAACAAGUACAGAUGGCUAAUUUUGUGGAUAGUGUUUACAAAAGUAGAUGUACUACUUCAAAGAAAAAUGCUAUUUGACACUUAAAUAUAGGCAAUCACCGGUGAUGCCAGGUUCCUCUUGAAACUGAGAUUUCAUGUCCAGAGGUGUGUGUACCUGGUAUUUUUAAAAAUAAACUGAAUUAGAAAUAAUUUUGUCUGAACUUCUUAUGCAGGCAUGAAUUUUCAACCCUAGUUGCCCAAAUACAGGCACUGGAGCCUUAUUUCUGGCAUCUAGGUCUGUAAAAUUUUAGCCAGUCAUCAUUUGGAGUAUUUUUUUUUUAAUUGCUGGAAAUUUAUUAUUUUCUUAAGCUGCUUUUCAACCUCUGGAUCAGUUGCUGUUUCCCAAACUAACUCUUUUUUGUAUGUCCUUUAAAAUUAGCAGUUGUGAUGAAAUUUCAGCCAGCACUGAGGAAGUGAGAGGGGAGGGGAAUCCUUUUUCUGCUCAUUUCAACGACAGGGGAUUUUUGUUUGAUUGCAAACAAACUUCUCCUUUUCCAGAUGGUGUUGUGUGGAUCAAAAAAGUAACUGCACUGUUUUUCUCUGAAAUGCUGUACAUUGCAUAAAUAGGCAACAUGCCCUGUCCCUCCGUCGCUGGCUGAAAUGGGCCGUAUGUUAUAUAGGGUACAUCAUACCGCUUCCUUCUGUUGGGGUGUGCGUUUUGUGUAGAAACAAAAGGUGUUCCCCACCCAGCGUGAAGACGACUAUGCAGAAUCCAAAUGACGACCUGUUUUUCUUCAUUAUCGUUAUUUAUUGCUUUUAGCUUGGGAAAUGGCAACAUCAUUUUUAGGUUUAAAUUUUGAAAUCUCCCUCGUUGCAAUAGAACUAGCAAGUCAGGGGCUGGAGGACUUUACAGUAGUGAAAUUUUAAAAAGAGUAUACUUGGCAAUUCUGCUCUAUUUUCUUCAUGCAUCUUAAUUUUUUUUCACUUCUUGAUUUUAUGUAUAUUUGUGUAAUUGAUCUUUCUAGAGCUGUAUCUUAAAAAUUAUUUCUUUUGGUGUAAAUAUGCAGUAGCAUUUUAGGUUUCCACAUAUUUUAUUUUAAUGGGAAAUGCUUUGUGUUCUAAGCCAUGGGUCAUUCAGAAUAAGCAAACAAAUGUCUGUUAAUUUGUAUUCCGGUUCUGAUUCUCUUAGUUCUCCUUCAAUAUUUAUUAGUAAUCCUCUCUAGCUGGUCAUGAAAUUUUACAAAACUUUAUUUGGAACACUGAUCUGGGAGAUCAGGAAAGUGUUCGUGUUAUUUUGUGGCCGGAAGCCUAUGGCAGAAGGGAGGGAAAUUGGUGCUUCAGCAAAACUCAGCAUUUCUGCUCUCCUGGGGUUAUUAAUUCAGUUGUUUCCAGUCUGAGCAAUGGUUUUGCUAAUUUUUACAUGAUUUUAAUAGAUAUAUGAAGGAGCCCUUGGUUAUGUAGUUCUCAAGUAUUGUCCCCAAAGUGCAUUUGCUAGUUUUUAUUGUGUGUUCGGUGGCUAACUGUUUGAAGUAUUACCUCUUAACCUUAUUUGUCAGGUUUUUUUGUGUGUGUUUUUGCAUUUUGUUUUAUAUAUAUAAAUAUAUAUAUAUUCAAUUUUCCAAGAAGGACUCGGUCUUUUUCAGAUGUCCCCUUUUUACAAGUACUUUUUCAUUAAAUUAUGAAACUGCUAACAGUA